CUGCAAAAACAUAUCGUUCCCACUGCCACCACAUUGACGCUUCCCAAGUUGCAUUGUGGGUCGUGGAGGGGUUGAAGAAACGCAGCGGUUUUCCAAAUAUCGUUAUUUCUUUUAUUAUUAUGAUCCAACUAUUUUAAGAAAAAAUGUGUGACCAGACGGAGGUGCAAUAUCUUCCAGGGGAGGUAGUGUGGGUAAAGCUCCGAGCAUUGUGGUGGCCGGGACUUGUGCAAGACUAUGAUGUCUUACCUGAAGAAAUCACAUGUUCUCUUCGGAAACGACCCAUUGCAACUGUUAAGUUUUUCCAGGAAGACAGUUAUGAGUAUGUUCAUAAAUUGGACUUAAUUUACCAUUACAACUGUAGCAGAAAACAUGAAUUCAUCAAGAAAGGUCUUGAUCUUUGUCGGAAGAAAACAGCUGAUCGGCCUGCUACCAUGGACUUUUUCCCCAUGGACAUUGUAACUGCUGAGGAGUUAACUCAUGGUGACCCCAACAUUUUGCAAGAUGAGGCCUUCAAACCUGAAGAAAAGCCUAAGUACACUUCUCUUUUUGGGAGUGAGAAAAAGAAAUUUGGUAAGAAAAAGGGUAAAGAAGAUUCACCACUAAAAGACAAAGUAGCUCGUCGUAAAAAAUUAACAUCCAAAUUGCAAGCGAUGGGCUGGCUGAGUAGAGGAAUAACAGCAAAUAUUAUCUACCCAUCUCCUGACAUACCGAGAAUGGUCACACACCGACGGUUCUUGAACAAAGUUCGAAACCCUGAUGCUAAAUCUGAUUAUGAAGUUCGUAUAAGGGAACAAAAAUGUGAGGAUGACCUACAGUUGGAGAAGUCUUAUGAAUGUGUAUUGUGUGGCUACGCGACUGGUCGUUUAAAUGUUAUAGUCUUACACUUCAACAAUACACAUUCUCUCAAAACGAAGAAUAUUUUCCCUACACCAAGCAUAUUGAAAGGUGGCUCUUUCCGUAAUCCUCUUUUGAAAUUAAAAACAGAGCACAGAAAAUCAGACUCUGGGAAAUCAAGCAUUCUUCCUAAAAAACGAGCAUCAUUUAAAAGCAAAGUUGAGAAAGUGAAAGUUGUGGAAAGUGAAGGAGAUUCAUCAGAAAGUGAAAUUGUGAAGCCCGCUCCUGUAAAGAAGGAGAAGGGCAAGCCAGGAAGGAAAAGGAAAAUAAAGCCAGAAGAAAAGGAUAACACAGAAGUAGUCAAGGAGGUUGUCAAAAAACCUAAAGUCUUAGACUCCUUACUUGCAGAUUGGGAAGAAGAUGCUGAGCAAGAAGAUGACGACUCUGAGAAGAGGCAGGAUGAUGAAGAUGACAAUGCAAGUGACGUGAAUGCCUCUAUCGAUGAUGACAUGGCAAGUGCCAAAGACGAAUCAUCACUUGCUGAAGAUGCUUCAUCUGCUUCCAAAUUGAAAGAAGUUUUUGAGUUUGACCCAGAUGAAGACGACAAUAUUGACUUUGACCUUACUCCAAAUGUGAAAGGUUUUGGUAGGAGGAUACCGAGAGUUAUUGAUAGUUCAAAAGAUAAAAAACGGGGAGCUGUCGAUAAAAAGGUCAACAAAGGUAAAGGUACCAAGAAGAUUGAAGAGGAUGAAGACGAAUUUGAAACCUUAUUGGCUGAAACAUCAAUGCCUUCUCUUCCCUCUGUUCCCAAAGCGAGCACCUUCUCUUUGGACACUGAUGAAGAGCUGAACCCAACAUUGGAUAAAUGUCAGGGUGAAACAAGUUCUAAGUCUAUCUUGAAAGAGCAGAAUGAAACUGAAGUUACAAAAGAAGAAGAAGGAAAAGAACAGAAGUCAAAAAACUCAGAUCCUGAGGUGGAUUUGGCUGUGGACUCGGGAAAUCCACCUCAGGCUCAUGAAGAAAAAAUCACAGCCAAGGUUACAGUUGAAACAGUUCCUGAACUGGCCAUAACAAGCCCCGAACAUAAUGAGGACAGAUUACUUUCUGGUGAUGAAUCACUUAAAAAUGAAAGCAAGCCUGGUCAAUCAACUGGUGGUGGAGAUCAUACCUAUGUUAGCGGAGGUAGCACUCGGAAGAGAAGACGUUCACUCCUUCCUCUUGAUAAAGGUGAGAGCAGACUUGAUAUUAUGACCAUGCCUGUUGUUAUGGAUGAUGAAUUUCCUGUCGAAGAGUCACCUCGAGUGCACAAACAACCAGUUUUACCUCGGGAUGCUGGUCAACCAACUCCACGCAGAGUUGGUCGCCCCCCCAAAAGAGGUGGUGGGGCGCGCAGAGGUGGGAAAGGGAUGAAAAGCCCUCCUCCUUUAAAAAGUCCAAAGAGUCCUCCUGCCCCUCAGAGCUCCAAGAGCCCAUCACAUCAUUUAAGUUCAAAGAGUCCUCCACCAAUUAGAGGCUCAAAGAGCCCUUCGCCUCAAGCUAUGAGCCCACCACGUUACCCAGGUCCAAAGAGUCCGCCCGGUGCUCAAGGUGCAAAGAGUCCACAGCCUCAUCGAAGCCCAAAGAGCCCAGCUGCAGAACAAACUCCCAAAAGUCCAGAACGAACUCCGAAAAGUCCUUCAAAUCGUCAGAGCUCAAAAAGUCCUUCCAUCCAGCAGAGUCCCAAGGCACUAGCUUCUAUAGUUUCCAAGAGCCCUGUGCGUAGCCCGGACACUCAAGGCCCCAAAAGUCCUCUCCAUCAAAGUCCAAAGAGUCCAAGGAGCCCUCAGCCGUACCAAUCUCCAAGUCAUCAAGGACCAAAAAGUCCUCAGGGAUUUCUUAGUCCUAAGAGCCCGCCAUUGUCUCCACCUGCUUUAUUAAGCCCAAAGAGCCCAAAAGCUUCAGAAAUGAAGACAAUCAAAAGCCCACCUCAGAGCCCUCUUAGAACAACCACUGAUUUACCAAGUCCUCCUGCACUUACCAGCAUAAAAAGUACAGUCAAGAGUCCUCAAGUGUCUCCUUCCUCACAGUCUAUUGUGGUUUCUACUAAUUCACCUAUUAAAAGUCCUGCUGGCAAAGUUCUCACUGCUGUGGGCAAAGGGAGUGCCGUCCUGAAAAAAGUUGUCACUUCUAAUGCGGUAAUUGUGCAGUCCAAGCCUGAUUUACAGCCUGAAGCAUGCGGUUUAGGAAAAAUAAUAGCUUCCUCACCUUCAUCUACAACUUCUAGCUCAUCUGGUACUGUGAAGACAAUCAAAGUAGCAGUGUCUGGGACGCCAGGAUCAUCCCCAAUGGUUGUGGGUAAAGUGGGAACUCCUGGAACUCCAGGAACUCGUAAAGUUAUGAUAGUUAAAGGGAAGGGUGGAACUCAACAAAUGCUCCUUCCUACUGAGGCAUCCCAGCAACUUCUUAACAAUAUUGGAUCAGGGAAGAAGAUUAUGGUUAUAACCAAAGGAGCAUCUGGACAACAGAAGAUAAUGUUGACCACUCAGCAGCAGAAGCUUUUGACAAGUGGUACCUCAUCAGGACAGAUUGUCACCUCAAAGGGGACUGUUCUUUCAUCAGUUGCAAAACUAGUUUCAACAAAACCCUCUACUUCUAGAGCUAGUGGCAUGGAACUAAGUACUGAACCGCCUGCUCUUGUUAAAACUGAUAGUAAAAAAACGUACAAGAUUAUUACAUCCCCUCAAUCAAAAGGUAAUAUUUUACUUAAUACAUCAGGAGGUCAAAUUCUUCUCCCUGUAAGCAGCAUAGCAGCAUCAGGAUCUGGAGUAACAACAACUAGUGGAUCCAAACAGUUCAUUUUACCUGUUGGGGCCAAGAAUAUGAAAUUGUUAAAUGCUGUUAGUGGCACUGGUCAGAAAGUUAUUCUCCAAAUGAAGAGCUCUCCAGCUAAAGUUGGCACUGCUGGUUCAACAAAGACCAUUCAGCCAAUUGUCCCCAAAACUAUGCAAUCCAUUUCACCCAAGACCAUUCAAGCUAUCUCGCCUAAAGGUGUUCAGUCCAUUACAUCUAAGACUGUGCAGCCAAUUACGCCCAAGACAGUUCAGCCUAUAACACCCAAAGGUAGUCAGCCUGUGAAAGUGACUAAAAUUGCAACCAUGAUACAACCUGUACCACAGUUGACUCCUAUUGGAGCUCCGAAGACACCCAGGCCUCAAAAACAAAUCAAGACAGUUGUGGCCAAACAAGUUAAGGGUACAGCUUCUCCUAAAUCACCCAGAAAGAGUACUGUGCUACCUAAAGCUUCCAUAGCUUCAUCAAGCUCUUCAACCGUAGUACUACCAUCAACAACCCCACUAAAACGCAAUAGUGGAAUUGUACCAAAUCCUACCUUGAAACCCAUUGUACCACAAAUGAAGAUGAGUAAGAAGGUGUCUCUGGCUGCAAAGCCACCUGCUGUGGAUUCGAUGCCUGGCUCUUCAAUGCCAGGAACUGUUCAAGUGGUGUCAGGAAGUGUUCCUGGACUUGAACAAAUUCAAACUACACUUGUGCCAUCUGUAGAAACAAGUAGCGGAGUGCCACUUCCAACUUCCACUCAGCAAAUCGUUGCUGUGCCCACUGAAGAUGGAGGUCAGGUGAUGUACCUAAUUGACAACAAUCAAUUAGGUUCUCUCAUUAAUUUAGAUGGUGCAAAUCCUGGAAAUCUUCAGAAUAUUAUUUUAACUUUUGACAAUAUGGGACAACCUGUGUCAAGUGCAGCCUCAGAUUUUACUUUUUCUACUCCUAGCUCAGGUCAAGAUAUAUUGGCUGAAGCACUUGCAAAUACACAAGUUCUCCAGUCGGAGACAUCUGGGGCAGAGUUGGGUCUUGAUACCUCAGGACUACUCUCUUCACAUGCUAGUAGUUCUGUGUAUCAACCUACUCUCUCACAUGGUGUUCUAGAAACAUCGCUUACGUUAAAUCAGCCCAUUAUGACACCUUUAGAAGAUCUGUCUGCAGUCAGCACACUGCAGCCCCCACCAACAUCUGGGGCAGCUGCAUGUGUUGAUUUACCCUCCACUAUCACAGUACCUGACAUCACCAUAUCGACAUCAUCAUACUCUUCUCUUCCUAUUCCAUCGGCUACUAUCCAAAGCACUGUAUUCUCUGAUGUCCAGCAUGUCACUACAUUUAGUACAGCAGCACCAACUGAUGGGAAUGUAUUUAUUGAAACGCCUUGCACAGAGGGUGAGCCAUUCUUAUCAACUGAUGGUGUCUUUGAACAGUCAUCAGAGGGAGCCUCAAUGCCUUUGUUAGAUGGUUAAGUUUGUAAGACUAAAAUCUUGUAAUCUUUAUGAUUACUGACUGACUGGUGCAAGUUAAGUGUAGAGGUGUGCCUCUGAUGAAUUCAGAGUAGAAGAACUGAUCAUUGUGGAAGGGAAAUCAUAAUUCUUGGCAGCCGGAGCGGUUAAGAUUUAUGAGUUUUGGUUUCGCAGAUAUUUAGUAGUUAAUUAGUUUUAUACUCUUUCAAUGAUAUGUCAUUUAAAACAUCUGUUUAAGAAAUUAACACAUCCUAAUUUUUUUCCAUAUUUCAAUAAAUUUACUUUCCGUUAGUAGAUUAUUUUUCCAUAUUAUUGUUGCUUAAUUUGUCUUUGACUUUUACAGGAAAGAUUUGUUGGUGUAUUGUGUUCAAUUUUGAUUUUCUGAAUUUGCUUAUAAUUUGUAUUUUGAGUUUUAUGCAAGGGGUUAUCAAAUAGUCUGCUAAUGAAAUAUUUUCUAGUUUACCCAAAAGGUUGUUUUAUUAGUCAUUAUUGUGUAAGAUAAUUGUCUUUGUUAAGGGAACAACAGAAAGCAGGCUCUUGAUCACUCCGCUAUAUGACAGGAACAGUUAGGGAUAUUUUUAUAGGAUAUGGUAUGGUAACUCAAUGCGAUUGAAAAUAUGUCAUGUCUGAGCAGGAAAUUUGACAGGCUUGGUACGCUUGAAUUCCACUUUUCAUUUGUAUUUUCAGAUUCAUAUUGAGUAAUUGUGACCUUCAGAAUUACUGUGGAGUACAUUUGAUUAUGUGGCGAUGUGUAUUUGAAUGGCUUGCCUAUGUUACCAUGUAUAUAUGUGUACAUGUCUGAGGCUUACUCUCAUUAAAUACUAUGAGUUCUUUUCUCCUGAGUUGUGAAAAAAGGUGUUUUAUGAUUUCAUUGGUUGUAUUUUUAGCUGUAGUUCUGAAGUUAGGCCUUUUAGGUUUGACUCAACCUAGGUAGAAAUCACUUCAUCACUAAAUAUUGGAUUGACUUUCUUCACAUAUUAUGUAUAAUUUGGUUGUUAAUUUGCUGAAGUUACAUGUGCUGGUGACUACGGGAACAAAUGGUGGAAAGGCAUUUUUGAUUGACAGCUUAAGCCACUAUUCUAUCAUCAAAUCUGUGCACAUAUAGAUGAUGGUAUUAUUUCGCGCUAAUUUUAAGGUAUAAGAAGUUGUCUUUACUUUACUGUUCAGUUUUUUUUACCAUCUCUAUUUUUUUUAGUAGUUACUUAAAAGCUGUGUCCUGAUACUAUUUCACAAUGUAGUAAGCACUAGGAAUUUCUGCUCUCAUUGCAUUGACUUUUCUUUAAUUCCAAAUCAAAGAAUAGAUUUCUUUACAAUUCUGAGGAGUUUGUUUGAAUUUCAUUAUGUAUCAUAUUUACAUAAAUUGUUUGUUCAUAUUUGUGAAGAUGUAAAUGUAAAUAAUAUAAAUUUGUGCAUGUUUGUUGACCUUGUGGUUGAUCAUCUUAAGGCAUUUCAAAGACAAAAUGAAAUGUUCAUGUCUUGUGUGUAACUUUGCUACUAGGAAUUGACAUGAAAGUAGGCAUGUAAAUUAUGGUGGAUUGAACUAAAUAUCAUAACUACAUUUCCUGUCUGGACUUUGACCUGCUGUAAGAGGGUUUUUACCUCAAAAUGUUUUCUUUCCCCUUGUACAAAUUAAAUAUUGAAGGAAGUUUUGUUUCCUGAUCAGUUAAUUCUUAAAAUGUUUAGCGACCACUACUUGAAGUUUGAAACUUGUCUUAAAUAAAUAAAGCAGAAUUAAAAAAGGUCUUCUUGCCUUGUCCAUUGAAGUUUUCAUUUGGUGCUAACCUUAGUCCUUCUAUAAUUUGACAGAUUUUGUUUGUUGUACAAACUAAGCACCAGAUACUCAAUUAAAUUUUCUCUCUUUGUACAGAUAGGUUGGAAAUGUAAAUGUGGAUUUAUAAAUAAAUGCAUAUGUAUUUUCUUUUAAGUGUUUUCUGUAGUAAAUUUUUAUUUGUAUUGUAGUUGAUAUACCCAAGUAAUAAACUUUGAAUCUAUGGAA